AUGUCUGCUGCAGCUACCGGCCAUGCGCAAGCGGACCCUGCCUCACUGCCUGCAAGUUCUACAACUUCCAAAACCAUAGCCGCCGAAUCUCAGUCUCGGAAUCAGUCCGCUUCUCUCCAGAUGGAAUCGGCUUCACACGUACAACGGCCGACAUCACAUAGUGCAGGCAGCGGGGCAGUGGUGGCCGGCCCUCAUGCGACCACAGCUGAUAACACGUCACAUCGUCCGAGCCAGAGCAGUCGGAGUACUGGGCAAGAGAAGAAUAAGAGGAGCGCCGAUUAUAUUUUAAGGAGCGGGCUCGCGGGAGGACUAGCUGGUUGUGCGGCCAAGACAGUCGUUGCGCCUCUCGAUCGAGUGAAGAUCCUUUUCCAAGCGUCAAAUCCUCAGUUCGCCAAAUACACGGGUAGUUGGGCUGGCCUUGUUUUCGCUAUCCGGGAUAUCAAGCGGAAUGAGGGUGCGCGAGGCUUGUACCGAGGCCAUUCGGCGACCCUGCUUCGAAUCUUUCCUUAUGCGUCAAUCAAGUUCCUCGCCUAUGAACAAUUUCGCGCGAUAGUCAUACCCUCUCGAGACAAGGAGACCCCAUUUCGUCGACUGAUCUCAGGGAGUUUGGCCGGAAUAACCUCGGUCUUUUUCACAUACCCGCUAGAGUUGAUUAGGGUACGGUUGGCGUUCGAAACCAAGAAGUCGUCUCGUUCAUCCCUCGUCGACAUUUUCCGGCAAAUUUAUGGCGAACAAGUGAAACCUCCGAAGGAGAUCUCGACGGGUAAGGCAACUUCGCCCGUUACCGCAACCGCUGCGGCUGCUGCAAACACCGUCUCUUCUACAACCCGGAAAAUAGUGCCUAGCUCAGGGCUUGCAAACUUCUACCGUGGAUUUACGCCGACGCUCCUCGGAAUGAUUCCCUAUGCGGGAGUGUCCUUCCUUACUCACGACACCGUGGGCGACUGGCUUCGGUUGCCGUUAUUCGCCCCCUACACCACCAUUCCUCGAUCCGAGUCUUCAUCGAGUCAUAAGAAGAGCUCGAGACCGCAACUAACUGCUGCUGCGGAGUUGUUCUCUGGAGCGCUCGCCGGUCUCAUCUCCCAAACAUCCUCAUACCCUGUCGAAGUGGUGCGCCGGCGAAUGCAGGUUGGCGGAGUUGUCGGUGACGGCCGCCGCCUGGGCAUCGCCGAAACUGCCCGCGUUAUCUGGAUGGAGAGAGGAUUCCGCGGCUUCUGGGUUGGAUUAACGAUUGGGUAUCUCAAGAUGAUACCCAUGACAGCCACUGGUUUCUUUGUUUAUGAACGGCUCAAGUGGUCAUUGGGCAUUUAG